UGCCGCCAGCCUUCAACGCCGCCGCCGCCUCGUUCUGCACUGGGAAACGUUAUUAUUACCUGUGACUGAUGGUGUUUGCCGUCACACCUCGCCCACUUUUGCGUUCGCACUCCACGCACUUGAGCGACAGACGUGUUAUUUGGAACAAAGUUCACACGCGAAAAAAACGGUGAAGAUCGCAUACGCGAUUAGACACAGUCAGACCCGAUCUCACACGUCGCUUACACGGUCUGAAACCCCGAAUGUUCUCGUGCCAUGAUUUGCCCUGCCACGGGACCCUACUGUUCAGAUGCUCGGAUCCUCUGACACGGAAGUUUUCGAGCAGUCUAUAAAUCGCGGCGGCUUCUCUCAAGUCUCGGAAUCAGGGCGUGUCCCACCACCCCGGCAGCCCCGUUCCUGCUCGACCCUGGGUUCAACAUCUCCGCCGUCGCCACCAUCGCCAAGGCGCUGCCCUCCCACUCUUGGGAGUUCGGCACAGCGUCUGAGGCUCUGCUCGAGCUGUACAACCCCGACAUCUCGGUGUUCGGGUCCAAACCGUUCCCCGUGCCCGUCAUCCCGUCCAACUGCCACAUCCCGUCGCUGGACUACGCCGCCAGCAAGAUCGUGUUUGGCACCGGCGCGAACGGGCUGUCGGACGGGACCGGGGCUGUCGGCGACCCCGCGAGUCUCGGCGUCAGCGCGGUUCUGCUCGGGAAAUCGAACGCGUCGUUCGCCGCCGGCGCGCAGGAGGAGCUGACGUACAUUACCACCGUCGCACCGCGGUACGCGAACGGGGCUAUCUCGCAGCGAGCCGAUGUGGCCGAGUUGUGGGCCGACUUUAUGUACAUGGCGCCGCCGUUCUUGGCGUACAUCGCCGCUGAUCGGAACAACGCGACGCUCCUGAAGGAGGUCUACGAGCAGUGUGGCCUGUACCGCGCCGUGCUGAAGCCCCCCGCGGUGCAGAACUGGCAGCACAUCAUCGGGCCGCAGAGUGCCGACCUGGGUCUGUGGAGCACGGGCAACGCGUGGGCUGCGGCCGGCAUGACUCGCGUGCUCGCCACGAUCAUCAAGGCCCCGGUCGCCAAGAACGCGGACUGGCGCUCGGGCGCGAUCGCGGACCUGACGACGUGGAUCCAGGAGAUCGUGGACGGCGCGAUGAGCCAGUCGACGGACAACAACCUGCUGCGGAACUACCUCAACGACACGACCGGGGACGGUCACGGGUACGGCGAGAUCUCUGGCACCUCCAUGUUGGCCGCUGUGACGUAUCGCAUGGCUGUGCUGAGCAAGGCGACGUUCGGAGCCAAGUACAUCGCGUGGGCUGAGAGCGUGCGCAAGACCAUGGCCUCGCACAUCUCCAGCAAUGGAACGGCCGCGCCGGCAGUCAACCCGCUCAACUGGGGCGACACCGUGCCCUUCACCGCUGGAUCCCCCGAGGGCAACAACUUCGUUGUGCUCAUGUACGCUGCCUGGCGGGACUGUGUCAAGCGAAUGUUGUCCAACUGCAGCCAAAACGUCGCUGAGUCUGAGUUGUGCCACCCACAACACUUCUGAUGGUGGCUGGCUGCAGCUGAUAAAUGGCCUAGAAUACAGUCAAAGCCCUGCCGUUGCGAUGCAAAGAGCGACCGAUGGGAGAUCGUCUGAAAUUUGUAUGCUGGCCGAGGAUCGGGCGCCGGUAGAAGAUCGAAUGCCGUAAGGAGAAGGUAGAAGUGUAGCACCGCCGUAAGGGCCUCGCUUGGCUGCACGAGGGAAGCGACCACAUAAUUCUCUGUAGGUAAUGAUACCCUAUUACUUUUCAAUACAUCGUCAUUUAGAGUAUAUUAAAGGUUCUAGAGCGCCGCAUUUUCAUACAUUUUCUACAAAUCUCCAGUUGAUUUGCUAGAAUUUGACUUUGAAAAAAAGUUGCCCGAAAGCAAAAACAGCCUGAAGUUCUGAAAUCAGCAACUGUGAGUCGGGCACCAUCAAUUCUAGAGAUGGGGCAGAAAAUCAACCGGGAAUUUGUAGAAAAUGCCUGAAAAGUCGAAUCCCAGAACCUUGAAUAAGUACUUAUACUCAAUGGAGAAGUUUGCAAAGGGAGCCUGGGUUAAGAUUGAUCAGUAGAUCCUCAUUAUUCCAUAACGCCAUCCGCCGUAUGCAUAAUCGAAUCCAGAGCCAGCCUGGGGAUCAGGAUGGCAAAUCCAAAGAGAGGACCGAACAUCAUCCAUACAGGCCGACAACCCUACUAAACAGACUGUUAGAGUUGGCUUUCGAAACGCCUCGUCGCGUGGCGUCACGCUCACGCAUCACUGUGACAUCGCUCUUCCCUCUCACAUUCGCCACACAUGCCCCGCAAAGACGCCCCUGCCUCAGGCCUGAUCUCCGCCCAGGCCCAGCAGGACCUCAUAUCUGAAGGAAUCGAAAACUACGAGCUCCCCAAAUCCCUCGUGACUCGUAUCGCCAAGUCUGCUCUCCCCGACAACGCGAAAAUGCAGAAAGACACCGUGCUAUCGCUCGUCAAAGGGUCGACCGUGUUCAUCAACUACCUCGUGACUCUUCGCUGCUAUCCCACAAGGAACAAUCUCAUAUUGCUCCUCAGGGCACAUGACGUAGCCCUCUCGAAGCAGCAUAAAAGCAUAUCCGCCUCAGACGUCCUGAAAGCGCUCGAGAUGAUCGAGUUCGGAGAUCUGGUCGACAUGUUGCAAGCCGAGCUGCAAAUCUACCGAGACCAAUCGAAAUCUGACAAGACCAAAAAGGCGAGCGCGAGCGCGAAUUUAGCCAGCGCAAGUACCGCGGCCGCAGUCGGAAAAGGCAAAUCAACCUCGGCCUCGACCGCCUCGACGCCAGCGCCCAAAUCGGCCAAGGGAAAAGAAAAGGCGACCAUUCUCCUGCCGGCCUCGGCCCUGGCGUCUGCUCGACAAUCUGAAUCCAGAGGCGCUGUCCCUGUGACUCCAGGUGAAUCCGUGUCGGCUGGACCUGGUGUCGCGAUGGACGUCGACGGGGAGGACGACCGCGAUGUGGAUAUACCUGUACCGGCAGAUUCAGACAGGGAAGGGGAUGCCGAAAUUGAAGAAGCCGAUGAGGAGCAAGACGUGGAAGAGGAGGAACCGGAAGAAGUGGUUGACACAGUCGCCCUCGAGCAGGAAGAGCUACGACAAGAUGCGCGAGGUUUGGACGCACGAGCAGAAGACACUGCCAUGGAGGAAUAG